CAGGUAAUCUUCAUACAAAUUAUUUCGACCUUAAGUCUAUGGUUCACAUAUCUCAUAUGACAGUUGUUGUGACGACAUUUUGAUUUAUCUAUCAAACGUCAAAAACUAAUCUGACAACCUUCAAUCGUCGUUUCAAGUUUUCGACGUUAUUAUUAGUUUCAAACUUGAUCGAGUGAAGUUUUUAUUAAUUACUUCCGUAACUUUAUCCUCUCAAUUUUCUAAGCUUUAAUAGCCCUGCAACAUGUUCAAUAAGUGCUGUGUUGUAACCUGCUAGUAGACGAAAAGACGUCUGUUUUCAUAUGUUUCCAAAAAGUGAGAUAGGACUCAAGAAAUGGUUACAGUGCAGCUUGAGCUUCCAAGAAGUUUGUAGGCAGUUUGUGUGCCAAAAUCAUUUUGAAAAAAUAUUUCUUGCCUCUACAUGCGAUAGAACCCGCCUUUGCCCCGACGCCUAUCCUACUUUGUUAAAGCCGCGUUGACACGAUCAAAGUAUCCUCGGACCGAGUGCCCUCGUACGAGUCUGCUUCAUACGAUUGUACACGGAUACUGGUUUACACACACAGAGUUCACUCGUUUUCAAUUAGUACUCAAGAUCACAAUUCAAUAUGGCACAGACGGAUUUGUUGCUACAGGGUAUCGGAGCUGUUGCAGACAUAUUAAUCUAAGAGUUGGCAAAUCAUUACAAGAAACAGCAAAAGUCACGCAAGAGAAAAAUUUGGACACGCAAAUGGAUUUUAAGGCGCAAAGAGAAAGGUACAUCUGAUAAUUUUCUACGUGAAGUUGAAAAAGAAGAUAAGGAUACAUAUAAAAACCAUUUAAGGCUCAGUAGUGAACAAUUUGACUAUCUAUUGCAAAAAGUAACACCAAAGAUACAGAAAGAGGACACUCUUAUGAGACCUGCUAUACCUGCACGAACCAAGCUACAAAUAAGUUUGCGAUAUUUAGCAACUGGUGAUUCUUUUAGUUCUUUAGAAAGCAGUUAUCGGGUUCCAAAGAGCUCCAUGUCCAAGUUUCUGCCAGAAGUAUUAGAUGCAAUCUAUGAAGGGUUGGAGGAGUACAUACAGAUCCCAAAAACAACUGAAGAGUGGAUUUCAAUUGAAAGGGGAUAUAACAAUCGCUGGAAUUUUCCUGGUUGUUGCGGUGCGUUGGAAGGAAAACACAUUAAUAUACAGCAACCAGAACACACUGGAAGUGAUUUCUAUAAUUAUAAAGGUUACUUUAGUACUGUUCUUCUAGCCCUCGUUGACAGUAACUACUGCUUUACGUUCAUUGAAGUAGGCAGCCAAGGAAGAGUUAAUGAUAACUCAAUAUUUAAUAACUCAAUAUUGAAAAGAAAACUAGAGAGCGAAACACUAAACUUUCCUACUUGGGGAGUUAUAUUAGGUGAUGAAGCUUUUCCUUUAAAAAAAUAUCUCAUGAAACCUUAUUCCCGUCGGUUGCCACUAACUACAGAAGAAAAGAUUUUUAACUAUCGUCUGUCCCAUGCCAGGAGAACUGUUGAGAAUGCCUUUGGAAUAAUGGUAAUGAAGUUUCGUAUUUAUCGUACACCAAUAUAUGUUUGUCCCGUUAAAGUUGACAAGAUUGUAAAAGCAACCUGUGCUCUACACAACUGGUUAGUAAAGACAUCAACACGUUAUUACGCUCCUACGGGAGUAAUGGAUUCCGAUGAUAUAGAUGGUUCAUGGAGAUUAGAACCCAGAUCCAGUUAUGUUACUGAUCUUGGAAAUCAUGGCAGCAAUCAUUACUCUCAGAUGGCAGAGCAACGAAGGCAAAAAUAUAAAAAUUAUUUUGUUAGAGAAGGCGCAGUCCCUUGGCAAAACAGUCGCAUAUUUUAGAAUAAGGAAUAAGUACAUAACUUUGUUAAUAUUACCUAUUUAAAAAUUCGUAAUAAAAAUACUUAAUUGUGUACAUCUAGCGUUUUAAUUAAAUAAAACACAUUUUAUUACCUUUGGCUACAACAUAAUGUUAUAAAAUUAAGGGUACUUACUACAUUUGUAAAUGUUUUUCUGCAUUUCACUACAUUAGUCAAAAAUCGGUCAGCUAUUUCAAACCAUGGUAGUUAUUAUUACCUACUUACAUAAACA